UUCCGCAUCAGCAGAGUGCUGUGUUGUUUACAGCAUCAUGUCGGCGAUUAAAGCUUACUAUUUUAUUUAUUUCACAUUAUUUCUUGUAGUUUGUUGUGUGAAUGGAUUCAUGUGGAAUGGGGACACUUUCAAACGGAAGGAUUAUUUUACAGACCGUUUUUGAGGCAAAGGAAGAGAGUAAUCAGUCGUAUCUCCUCUCUCGGUGUUCAGGUGUCACUGGAGAUGAACCCCGGGUUAACUCCGCCCUCAGCGGCGCCCCCCAACGUCUCGGUGCUCCACGCACGGGCCCUCGGCAACAACGACACACUGCACUUCCUGUUCUGCAGCGGCGGAGCUCCGGCCCUGCUGGUGAUCCACACGCACUCCGCUGAGUCAGCAGUGGAGGUGAACUGGCCCAAGUUCCUCAGCUCAGACCCUGCAGACAGUGUGAAGGUGGAACCGGAGAGCAGCGUGCAGUACCGAGGCGCUCUGGUCUUCACCCGCUUGUGGGAGUAUGAUGAGUUAAACAGCACGGGGCAGAGUGUGUUGUCUCCGUAUGAGCUCAAGGACUUUGAGUGGGACGAUGUGAACAAGACGGUGGAUUACACACACCACACUGCACAGCUCUGUGGGAGACACGCCAGCUUCAGCAGCAGCGCUUCCCUGUGUCUGCACUUUUCAGCAUACGAGUCUUCGGGCCGAGAGGAGGCGUGGCCUAGUCUCCUCCAUAACGCCAACUCCUCCCAGCUGCGCAUCUUGUUGAAAGAUGUGAUGCCACGAACCAACCAAUCACAUUUCGCCCUGGAACUCCAGACAGUGAGCGAGGCGGGGCUUCAGACUCGAGUCAACGUCCACAAGUCCAUCGAUGAUGAAUACACACCCUCCAUCUUCCAGGUGUCAGAGUGGGUGUGGUCUCAUGAUAACUCCUCCUCCUCCUCCUCCUCCUCCUCCGUGGUGGGAUUCUCUCAGUGGAAGCCCGUAGUGUAUCAGAAGAGUCUUCCUGCCAUUGAGGACGCGGCGCCUUGCAGCCACUCAGAACCCGUCGACCUCCCUCAAGCUCCGCCCUCACGCAUCAUCCCCGCCUAUUUUACCCAGAAUCUCCUCACACACGGCCUCAAUGUCACCUUCAAUGUGAGCUCUGAGCCCGCCGCAAACUCCACCCAGUUCCUCAGCUGGACCAUGCUGGCGGGAAUCGGGAUUCCUCCGUCAGAUUUCUUCUCUUCGCUGGUGAUCGCCAUCAUGGCCGUCGGUCUCGGCACUCCGCUCGUCCUCCUCGUGGUGGGCGGAGUUUACAUCUGUGCAAGGAAAAGGAAACGGGAUACGCUCGGCCAAUACGAAUCAAUCAACUGAGGCUGGCGGCUGUGACACAAGCCACGCCCAUAUGGAAAAACUGAUCAAUGGGAGGACAUUUCAACUGACUGUAAAUGUCAAUCAACUGAGACGGCAAGCCCCGCCCACAUGGGUAAAGUGACUACUGAGUUACAGUAUAACUUUUUUGUUUUUUACCAUAAAUCUAUGUUCUGUUUAUUAAAUAAUGACCUCUCAGUUUUUUUGGAAUAAUGUUGCAAUAAUGACAGUCAACUGAUACGGCGUUCUAAGCCCCGCCCACACCGACUAACGUGACGUCGAAUGACAGGAUGAACGGCGAAUAACAAUCCAAUAUGAUUUCUCACUGAGCUCCGCAUAAUAACUGACCAAAGAUGAAACAUGUCAUAACUGAAUGUAACCUCAACUGAGACGUGUAACGUUUAAACCCUGACCAAUGAGAAGUCACAAGGACAAGACAAACAGCCAAUCACAAUCCGCUGCAUUUUCUAAAGCAAAGCUCUGCUACAAAAUGUAAGGAUUAAAAAUUCUUAAGUAAAAACAGUGACAUGCCCCGCCCACCUCUGCAAGUUAAUGCGUAGCCCCGCCCUUGUACAAACCAACCAAUGAGAAGUCAUCAUUUAAUAAUUCAUGAUAGUGUGAAAACUGACCAAUGCGAUGAAAAAGUGUAAUAAUUGACUAUCGAUCAACUGAUUGUAGCCCCGCCCACAGGUAUGAUGUAAUAAACUGAGUGCUGAGAAGGAAUAGUGUAGAAACUGGCUUUGAUAUAAAUCAGCUGAUGCUGUUAAGCCCGGAUGUUGUGUAACGUAUGUAGCCCCGCCCACACGUACAGCCUGACCAAUGAAGUUCUAUGGAGAGGUUACUCAAGGCCAAUCACAAUUCACCUUCACUGAGGUUCAUAUUAACGUGUUUCACUCUUUCCUUUCUUUCUCCUUGGUGGAAUAUAAUGUAUAAUGGGUGUUUAUGGUGACUGACCAAUCAGAAGUCACGUUUGUAUCUGAAUGAUGACUCGGUGUGGGCGGGGCUUAAUGAAUUUUAAGUUAAAUGCUGACUGCUGACUUUUUUCACCAAAACAGUAAUGGUGCCAUAACCGGAGCCAGAACCGGUGUUGGUUCAGGAAUUAGAGAACUUUUUUAAGAAGUGAUUUAAGAGUCAAACCGUGAUGUCACUGGAUGUGGGCGUGUCCUAAUACAGAGUGUAAAAUCAUUGCGUUAAGAACUUUAGCCUUAUCAGUGUAGCUCUUACGCUGUUGAUUUUCACCUUGGAUCAUUGAUUAAUGGUUGCAGUUUUUAAUAUUUAGGUGUUACGGAGUCGCCCCGCCCCUUAGCCUCCUCACAUCGCCGACCAACAGCACUUUGGUUCUGGAGAACUGACCUGAGACCUGAGAACUGGUGCUUUUAUGGUGAAAGGUUUCACGAUUAGACGAUUAGGAACUCGGUGUAUACACAGGAAACAUUUAGCAUGUGUGUUGUGAGUGUGUGAUGCCUUCGUUCUGCUCUCUCUCUCUCCUGAUGUUCACCUCAUCACAGUUCUGUUUCUGUUAUAAUGUUCUCACAGAAGAAUCACAAGCAGUAGGAUGUCUUGCACCACGGCGCUGCUGAGUUCUGGGUUGUGAUUGGUCGUUAAGUGUUGAUUAGUUCUCUAUAGCAGCAGCUCUGACAGUAGUGCAGCUGCAAAUCACAGGAUUAUAUUAAUGCACUCGUUCUAAUAUGUUAUCGUUUCUAUAGUAACAGCACAUUCACAGGGACUCUGUGACGUAUCACAUACGAGACUGAAACGUUUCUGCACUAAAUCAGUCUCAGGGAAUUGACUGGGUUUCACAGCCUCAUAGACUCCUGCUUCAUACGUUACGUGCUAAAGAGCUUUACUGAUAGAGAAGCCAUCUGUGGUAGGGAUCUGCAUAGAACCUUUAAUGGUUCCUACAGCAGGACAAACUGAAGAACGCUUCAGAGCGCUCGACGGAACCAGCUGAUCGAGCCGAGGCAGAAAGAAAUGAAGCUGAGACAAAAAAAACAACAAAACAAAUGUGAAACGCAUCAUCAGGCUCCAUUUCAGACUUUUAUCCUUCAAUUUCUCCUGACUUCAAGUGGUUUUAUACGACUGUUUUAUUGUGUAUUAUCAUGUAUUAUUAAUAUAUAUAUAUUGUGUAUUAUUAGUAGAUAUUAUUAGAUAACUUUUUUUUUUUCUUGCCAAAAUGACAUUUUGUUUUGAAAUAUUUCCGAUUUUCAGGGAAAACGGCUCUAAACUUUAUACUUUUAUUUCUCUUGUUUUUUUUUUUUGUUUUUUUUUGUUUUGUUUUUGUUUUUGUUUUUUUUAGAUUUUUUACAUUUUCAAAAAGAAAUGAAAAGACUUUUUUGUCUUGGGUUUAUUUUUAAGGACCGUAAUUAAAAUUGGACCCAGAAAUGCCUUGAGAAAAGAUCAGUGUUGACUCUGUAAGAUGCAGAACUGACCUGAGAAUAAUGUGUGAUGUACAGUGUAGAAGAUUUGUUUGAUUAAACCUUUUAAAUCUAACUGAAGAAAUAAAAUUCAUAAACAUGA